AGAGAAAAAGCUGCUUUCAAGAUGGUUAACAUUGUGGACAGCGGCUCCAAGCAUGCGCCCCAGGAAAUGGAGCAGUUCCUGCCCGGCGAGGGAAAAGUCAUGUACAAAAUCCAACCCCGCAAGUCGGAUACCGAGCAGGCCUUGGCUGGAAAUGACUUCGAUCCCUUCGCCCUGCGAGACAACGAACAUCCCACAACUGAUAAUGAAACUCUUACGCAUUUGCUUAAGGCCUCCUUGGGAACCGGUAUCCUGGGCAUGCCCUUUGCCUUCAUGUGCUCCGGCAUCGUCAUGGGAAUCUUCUCCACCAUCUUCACCGCCUUCAUUUGCACGCACUGCAGUUACAUUCUGGUUAAAUGUGGUCACAAGCUGUACUACAGGACACGCCGCACCAAGAUGACCUUUGCCGAAAUCGCCGAGGCUGCCUUCCAGAAGGGACCCAAAUGGUGCCGUGGCUUCGCCCCGGUGGCCAAGUUCUCGAUCCUGUUCGGUCUGUUCCUGACCUACUUCGGCACCUGCUCGGUGUACACGGUGAUUGUGGCCUCGAACUUUGAGCAGCUGAUUGCCCACUGGACGGGAACGGCGGUGUCGCUGCGCAUGCUCAUUUGCGCCAUGCUGGUGCCGCUGAUCCUGAUCGCCUGGGUGCCGAAUCUCAAGUACCUGGCGCCCGUGUCGAUGGUGGCCAACGGCUUCAUGGGCCUCGGACUGGGCAUUACGUUCUAUUACCUGGUUCAGGAACUGCCACCGGUGGAGAAUCGCGAGUUCGUGGCCUGGCACACCCUGCCGCAGUUCUUCUCGAUCACCAUCUUUGCGAUGGAGGCCAUCGGAGUGGUGAUGCCGCUGGAGAACAACAUGAAGACGCCGCAAAGCUUCCUCGGCAUCUGCGGAGUGCUCAGCCAGGGCAUGUCCGGCGUGACCCUGAUUUACAUGCUGCUGGGAUUCCUCGGCUAUCUGCGCUACGGAUCGGACACCCAGGAGAGCAUCACCCUGAAUCUGCCCAUCGAGGAGUGGCCCGCCCAGGCGGUCAAGGUGCUCAUUUCCCUGGCCGUCUAUUGUACAUUUGGACUGCAGUUCUUUGUGUGCCUGGAGAUCGUUUGGGAUGGCAUCAAGGAGAAGUGCAAGAAGCGUCCGACGUUGGUCAACUAUGUGCUGCGCACAGUGAUGGUCACGGCCGCCGUUGUUUUGGCCGUGGCUGUUCCCAAAAUUGGCCCCUUCAUGGGUCUCAUCGGUGCCUUCUGCUUCUCCAUCCUGGGAUUGAUCUUCCCGGUGGUCAUUGAGCUGAUUGUCCAUUGGGAGACCGGUUUCGGCAAGUACAACUGGAUUCUGUGGAAGAACGUCCUCAUCACCUUCUGCGGCAUCGCAGCCCUGAGCUUUGGCACCCAGGCGGCCAUCAAGGAUAUACUGAAAGCCUACACUGGUACAGAAGAGAACGUUGAAUAGAAACCCACAAAACACAGAGAAAGGAGAGAGGCUCCGCUUCCUAGAAAUAAUCUAACUAUUGUUAGAUGUAAAACUGCGCCCACAUUUUGUACAUUUUGUCUGUUGCUUAGUGUGUCUGUUUGAGAACCGAAAGGGAUUUACUAAGCGAGUGCCUACUGUAACUAUAUUAAGCACACACUCUGGAGCACCACUAUGCCGUUUUAGCACGUUUUAGUACACUUGCAAUUAUAUAGAGUAGGGGUAUAAGCUAGUUGAUAGCCGUUUUAGAAC